CAAAAACACGACAUCAUGCCCUCAAAUGUCAACUACAGAGCCAUGUUAUACGGACAAAUUGGAGGUGUCGGUUGACACCCCUUUCGGAGUGCACUCGGAGGGAGUCGUGACCACGGGGCUCAUCUCGGGGGUUCCCUGUGCUCUAGUGGCCCGUCAUGGCCAAAAACACGACAUCAUGCCCUCAAAUGUCAACUACAGAGCAAUGUUAUACGCUUUGAAAAAGGUGGGAUGCUCGCACGUGAUCGCCACUACAGCCUGUGGAUCUCUGAGAGAGCAGCUGAAGCCAGGACACGUCGUGCUGAUUGAUGACUUCAUAGACAGGACCUCAAAAAGAAAAGCUACUCUGUAUGAUGGAACAACCUCAGACGAGACGAAAGGCGUCUUGCAUUUGCCCAUGGACAACAUAUUCAACCAGCGCCUCCGAGGACUCCUUGGAGAGACUUGCGAAGAAUUGGGAUUUGAGUACCACCAAGGAGGCACCAUGGUAACAAUAGAGGGUCCAAGGUUUUCCACCAAGGCGGAGAGCAGAAUGUUCCGACUAUGGGGAGCAGAUUUGGUCAACAUGUCAACAGUUCCUGAAGUGGUGAUUGCGAAUGAGUUGGGACUUCUGUACUGCAGUGUUGCCAUGGUAACGGACUACGACUGUUGGCGGGAAAAUGAGGCCCCGCCCAGUGUAGGGGAUAUUCUGAACACAUUCAAGAGCAACGCCCACAAAGCUAUCGAGCUGAUCAAGGCAGUCGUUCCGAAAAUAGCCGCCGCAGACUGGGCUGAAGAGAAAGAAAGUUUAAAACAGAAAGUGAAAGACAAUAUAAUUUGACAAGAACUUAAGAUACCUUUUUCUUACCCCAGCUCAAUAAUAAUCGUGCUGUUAUUUAAUUGAAUGGUUUGAAAAUUUGUAAGCGAAUUGUUCAAA